AUGCCGGACGCGGGUAUCAAUCUCUUGAGGCAAAGCGCCAUCCCACAAGUCUGGCUUCGGGGUGGGCCUGUCUUCGCUCUCCUCAUCAUCUCGAAAGCCGGCUCACUGAUCUACCACCGAACCUUCCCGACCUCGGCCACUGGCACCGCAGGAGCAGGAGGAACAACCCAACCCCAGACGGUCGGCACACUAGGACUGCCCGGGACGAGCACGCUCUCAACAAACGACUAUCUCGUCAUCGCCGGAACUUUCCACGGCGUCCACGCCAUCACGCGGUCCCUGACACCUCGAAUCCCCAUCCCCCCGUCCGCCGCCGGCCCGUCAGGCCGGAGUUGGACCUACCCUGACCCAGAGACUCCGCCGUCGGGGAUUGAGUCGUUGGAGUCCUCCUUCUUCCGCCUGACUGUGUUCCAGACGCUCAGUGGGACCAAGUUUUUGUUGUUUACGGACCCGAGCAUGCCCAACACAGAUGUUCUGAUGAAGGGUGUCUAUGAACGAUAUGCCGACUAUGUGUGCAAGAAUCCGUUUUGGCAGAUGGAAAUGCCUAUUCGGAUAGAUGCGUGGGAACGCAGUCUGAAUCAGUGGUUGACUCGGAGGUGA